GUUUAUUUUAGGGAUCUCUGAAAAUACGCGUACACGUUCCAUCGUUGAGGCUCAGUUUCUUGUUGCCCCGCAAUAGGAUCAUGGCUCUCAAACGGUGUCUACUUUCGAUCAUAGUGAUAACGAUUUCAAUCGCUGUAUCGCCAAUUUUCACGUGGGAUCCCGAUAAUCACCGCUACGAGAGUUACGAUCUGGAAAAAGGUCCAGUCUUCUACGAAGCUUACUAUCCAGACGCGAACGAGGAACCACGUAGCAACUAUCAAAAGAAACGUUACUUCGAUCAAGGGACGAUUCUGGAGAAAACUUAUCAAGUACCCACCGAGCAUCUCGCGUAUCCGGAGAACAAUAUUCAACUGGAUAAUUAUCAGAACAGAGCCGACACCGGCAUCCGAAAUGACAAUCGGUUCUUCUUUGAAACGAACGCGCGGCCUUUGGACGUGAAAGAGAUCUCGAAACUCGCCAGAAGAGCGAUUACCCGGGAUUUGGAAAACUGGAACACCCUUGAGAAUUAUUUGGAUCACGUCAAGUACCAGGAUCUUGUGUAUCGUCGUCGAUACGUCAUCCCUGAGCCAGGAUACAGAGUCGAGCAACCGAUUCGUGGACAGGAGUCGAAUUUACCGGAUCCCUUGAACGAACGGCGCGAUUUAAGAAGAGAUCUCUACGAAGAGGUUCGAGAAGAACCUUUAGCCUUACCCAGUCGCGUUGAAUCAAAUGGAGGCCAGAGGGAUUCGCUCAGAAGAUUGACUGUGCGUGACCUUACUAACAGAGAUUCCUUGGGAUCGUUCAGAUCGAUACGGUACGAAAAUCAAUCGCCAAGAGAACGUGACGAUGUGAUACAAGCUGUAAGAACGAGCCAGAUAAAUAUGCCAUCGAUGAGAAACACUGAUCCAUCGAGCUCGGAUCCGAUCGUGGAUCCUUAUCCAACGGAAAACAUUUUUGCACCGCGACCUCAGGUGAUUAAUUACAUCUUCUCGAGGAAACCGGAAAUAAAAGAGAAUGCGGAGAAUAAGGUUCAGAGUUUACCUGAAACAAAAGAAACUGGCGAACGUAUGCCCAGGAAUUACGGAGAUAAUUUGAUUCGGGAUGAAAUGAGAAAAACCACGGAGGAGGAUAAAGACGUGAAAGUGACGUCCAUCGAAGUUAGCGAAGUACCUAGACACAAGACUCGCCACCAUCACGGGGAAUGGCCAAAACGCGACUAUUCUCGCCGUCGUCAGUCGUAAAAUUUGCAAUUCUCGUGUAUAAGGCUUGUUCGAAGAGAAAUUGAUUUGUCUCGUUAAUUUCGAGUUCUUUCGGAGGAUGUUCAGGACGAACAAUAUUUUAUUUUCAAUAUAGUAUGUAGUUGAAAUAUUUAUUUAAUAUAGUAUGAUACAACAACGAUACAAUUUUCUAUAUAACAACAUAUAGAUAUUUCGCUACGCCUUGUUCGUUUAAACAUCACCUUAUCAUCACAUUUAUGCAACUGUACAUGUACUAACAAGCGAUAACACCGCAUAUAUAUAUAUACAUACAUACAUACACAUAUAGGAAAAUAUGUAAUUUUAUUUUUGCGCUCAUGGAAGCAACAACAUGCUGAUAUUCGAUAAAUAAAAUGAUUUAGAUAAUGUUAGAAUGCAUAAACAAUGUACAAAUGUGAUGAAUUGAUGAAACGAUGGUGAUGGUAAUUGUUUCGAAAGUGUUGAUUUUCAUUUAGCAUGAAAGUAUGUUGGAAAUAUCGAAUAUAAUUUUUUAGAAAUAUUGGCGAACAAAUAAAAAAAACAUGUGAAAUAUGUUUAAAAAAAGGCGAACAGGAAUGUUUAGGUGAUGCCUUUCUUUCUGAUAAAAUGGCAAUAUGAUACAUUUAGGUGUAAUUGAAUUUAUGAAUGAAUUUCGGAUACUGUAAUAAUUAUACUAUGACGAGGACAAAACCACAAGUACUUUAUAAGUAAUCUACACUAUUGGAACACAACUUCGUCUGGUGAAUAGUCUCAGUUAGCUACAUCUAAAACAUUAUAUUAAUUUUUCAAUUCUCUUUUUAGAUAUCUAGCCCAUACUAAAAUUCUAUGUUCACAUAAAUUGACUGUUCUUUGUGUACAUUCGGCAAGAUAUCAUUAAUCUAAAACUAUUUCACACCUUUCUCUGUAUAUUAAAAUAUUAGAGUAACAAAAUUGCACUGAAUCUAUACAACUUACUGUUAUGUAUGUAAAUACUGUACUACAUGUUUACUACUCGAAUCGUAUGAGUAAAAAUAUUUACAGAACUGUAAAAUAAAUUACAAAAAUAACUUAA